GUAUUGGAAGGAGGAGAUUUAGACAUUAAUUUUAUUUUACGUUCACCAACCAACAAAGCUUUAGCAACAGAAGCAAGAAAACAAGAUGGAAUUUAUUCAUUUAAUUUACAAGAGACAGGGGACUACCUCAUGUGUUUUGAUAAUUCCUUCAGUCGAAUGUCAGAAAAGAUUGUUUAUUUUGACUUAGCGUUAGACUAUGAGGAUGAAGGAGAAUCUGAUGUUCCUAAAUGGAUGGAUGCGGUUGCUAAUAGAAACGAAGAGGUUGAGAUUACCAUGGAGGAGAUUCAAACAUCAUUAGAUAUUGUGAGCGACAACCUACGUAAGUCGCAGACGCACCAACGACAAUGGCGCAACAUAGAGUUCCGGGACCGGUAUCUAACAGAACGUAACUUUGAACGUGUGAAUUUCUGGUCAUCUGUCAACACCAUAGUUAUGUUAGUAACAUUAAUCAUACAGGUCAUUAUGAUUAGGAGUUUGUUUGCUAAUAAUACCAAAGUGAGAACAUGAUUGGUAUUGUAUGCUCAAAUUAAGUAGAGAAUAUAAGCUCUGUUCAUACAUUUGUAUUUUUUGAGCGAUAUGUUAGAUGCAGAUUUUUAUUUCAUAAGAUUAAAUCGUGUAUGAACUGUACACAGUAUUGAUUUGUAUAGUUCAUUCGUAAAACUAUUACUUUUAUUGUUAUUGAUCAUUAUUUUUAUUAUAACUAAUAUUUUCAAUGGUAGUAUUAUUCUUAUUCUUAUCAUUGUUAUUGUUUUUAUUAUUACAAGUAGUAGCAGUAGUAGUAGUAGUAGUAGUCUGUGUUCGAGAUAGGCUGCAGAGCCCUUUUAAGAUUACAUUAGAUGAUGAGUAGUAGUAGUAGUAGUAGUAGUAGUAGUAGUAGUAGUAGUAGUAGUAUCAUGUUAUUGUUGAAAUUAUUUUAAUAUUUUUAUCAUAAUUAUUGCUGUUAUUGAUUAUUAAAAUUAUUAUGAUUAUCAUGUUUAGCGACAAUGGUCCUAUAUUGAACUAUGAUCAUAUCAGAUUUAGCAAGAUAUGCACAUACACAUAGUAUUAGAAUGCUAUUAGACCAGAAUCAUGUUAUUUGUCGUCAGUCAGAACCAAACAGAUUACUGACCUGCAUCAAUGCAAUAUUACACCCACCCGCCCAGCAAUAUUUCCAUCGGGAGAUAUACAUGUACUACAGACUUAACAAAAUUUAUCAACAUUCAGGCAUAGCGAGUGGUAUUCUGGAAAUUGUCCUAUUCCUAUAUUAUGAUAAUAAUAAUAGCUGGAUUUAUAAAGCACUUUUUGCCUGAGGAUACAAAGCGCUGCUAUUAUUUCCCCGGCUUUAGCUUGAGCUACCAUCACCGGCGCUCAGUGCAUGCAAGGAAUUACUCCUGCCGGGUACCCAUUCACCUCAACUGGGUCAAGUGCAGCACAGUGUGGAUAAAUUUCUUGCUGAAGGAAAACACGCCGUGGCUGGGAUUUGAACCCACGACCCUCUGUUUCAAAGGCGAGAGUGAGAACCACUAGAUCACGACGCACCUACGUUAAAUUAUCUUGCUAUUGUUAGAUUAAAUCAGUAUUAUGAAAUUAUCUUUCUCUUUAUAGACUGCCCAUACUUUAUCUCUAUUUUUCUCUUACCCUCUUUAAAUGUUUUGCUUAGAUAAAUUUAUAGAGUCAUCUCUUUUAAAAUUCUGUUUCUGUUUAUGGUAACUCCCGUAGGAACUCGGCAGGACAGCAUUUUUUGCUGGUAAACGCCAAGCUGGUAUAUAACCAAUUACCUAGGAAACAUUUUACGUCUAGGUUAAUCAGUCAUAGUGGCUGACCUUAUAUAGACGACAGAUAUUGCUCACGGGCCUUUUUAUCAAAGUAGAGACAAUGGCAGAGUAGGGAUUCAAACUCACAACCUUGCGAUUAUGAGUCCAAUGCUCUAACCACUGGACCUCACAACCUGAAAAGUAGCAAAAUAUACAUUACUCCCUCUGUACACUUAUGCUGACAUCUGAAAGAAAAGAGAAUUCAUCACUUUACAUUUAAUCAUAAAUGGCUGAAAAAUCUUACAUGUACAUUUUGAAAUGUCUCCCCGAAUAAAAUACUUCUACCAGAAUCAAGUAAGGAAUAUAUCACAGUGACCAACAUACUCCUGUAAAUUUUGUUUAAAUUUCUAAGAAGUUAAGAAAAAAAAAGAUUCACAAUUUUCAGAAUACCUAUGUACAGUAUCUCAAGAUAUGUGAAUGUACUGAAUUAAUCUUUGUGCCAUUUUGCAGCUCAAGGCAUGAAGCUCAUACACGUUCAGUGUAAGAAAGAUACUAGAUAUACAGAUUUUGCAGUGAAGAUAAAACAGAAUUCGAGAAAAAAAUUUCAGAAUAUGGCCCCUCUAACACAGAACAGUAAUGGAUUGUAGAGUUUAUUAGUUUGAUUACAUUGACCAUUGCAAUCAAUCAGAGAAAUCAAUUUGACAAGCACCUCUAGCUUGUGUACUAGGGCAAUUCAGACUUAAUUUUAAGAAGAUACUGAAUAAUAUGAUUGUGUGGUUUACAUGUAGUGUUGUAAUUGAUUAUUUUAUUGUAUUUUUGAAACCAAAUAGUGCCUUAUAUUAUGUUUAUUCAUACAUAUAUGAAUAUCUCUCGAAUCAUUGCAAUUGGAUUGUAUUAAUGCUUUAUAUUUGGUUUAGAUGAAUAUGACUUCAACCUAAUACUUGUUUUAAAGGGGAAUCCAGCCUUGGCCAUAAAAUGUUGUGUUGGGAAGGAGAAAAAUAAAUUAAACAGAAUGGUGAAAGUUUGAAAGAACUCGGACAAGCAAUAAGAAAGUUAUAGCUGCUUUAAAAUUGAGAUCACUAAUAGUAUGUAGAUUUCAAAUUGGCAACUGGGUAAGUAAAUUAUGACAAGGGGCAAGGACAACUUUCCCAUAGGCCAUGUACUUUAUUAUCAGGGAUUUGUGGUUUUCUCCUAAGUACCUAUUCCCUUGGGGCAGUAAUCUACAUAUAACCUAGGUAGUAUAUUGUUUUAUGUUCUCAUGAAAGAAAACUAUAAUUUGAAAUAAAACUUUUGGGAUAAAUGACAUUUUAGCCAUAAUAUGUAUUGGAGUACAUAGAAGAGUAGUCCUUGCCUUACAUCACUAUGACAUCCCAUAUGCGACCAAUUUGAAGUCUCCAUGGGUAUAGUGAUUACCAAUAUUUACAACUUUUAAAAAUUCAUAACUUUCUUGUUGUUUGUCCAAUAUUGUUCAAACUUUUACCUAUCAACUUGUCUGAGUUUUCUCUUUCUUAUAAAAACAAGUUUUUAUUUGGGUUGGAUUCCCCUGUAACUGUUUGAUGAAGAACUCAGUGCCCUUUUCUGGCUAAUUUUCAGCAUAUAGGCCUAUACAAAUCAAUGGUGAAUGAUAGUGUGAAAGAUGCUGAAUAGGAUUCCUGCUAAGAUACAUGAUGAUAGAGAUGGUAUUCAAAUCAAAGACACUAUAAGGGGAAGAUGGGGCACUUUGGUGAUUUUUUUUAAAUGCUCUAUUUCAUUCAUGGGGAAGGGCAUCAAACUUGGGUAAUUGGCGUGCAGGUUGUGCAUAGACCGUAUCUAUAGGGAAAAUGAUAGAAGGUAUGAGGGAGAGGGCACAGGGGCGGCGAAUUUAGAAAAUUCUACUUCCUCUUUCCAAGAAAUCUCUGAGAUAUACAUGUAUGCCUUUUAAUUUUGUUAGCGUUUUUAAAGAAAAAUGCCUUAAAAUGUCAAAAUCACCUCUUCACCCCUCUACCAUUUCCCCCAUAUGUUUAUACACAACCCAAAAUGACGAUACGCAAAUGUACAUACCUACCGAACGCUGUCGGGCGCUCUUCCCAAGCGUUCCAUCCACCGUCAGUCUUUUCCUUGUAGUGUCUUUGUUAUUAACAGUGAGUAUCAUUGAUUCUGUAGUCAUUCUGAUCUUGAUGGUGUUUCAUAAAGCUGUUUACAAAUGAAUGGAGAAUUCUUUGAUUCCCUUCAAAUAAAAUCAAAAUCAGACCGAUGAAGAUUUGAUUUCUCUUUUAAGGUCAAGUCCACAUCAGUCCGACUUUGAUGAAAUUUUCGGUAUUACGCUUGUUGGAUUUUUCUCUUUUUAUUCAAUUCAACUUUUUGUUGGGUUGGACUUGUCCUUUAAAAAGCAUCUGAAUCUGCAUGUUAAAGGUUUGAUUAGAGCUAUAGGAAGAGCACUCACAUCAUGUUAAGAAUUUGAGAAUCUCAAUUUAGCACAACAAUGGGACAGCGGUUCUGUGUUAAGUCAUAUAAACAGCUUUGUGAAAAGACUGUUGGUAUUAUUUCAUCUUAUCUUGUAGUAAAUUCAGUGCUUCCUUCAGUUGUUGUGUUGUGUGUCCUUUUAAAUCAGACGAUCACAAAAUUGAAUUUCACUAGGUCAUAGCUGACUGGCAAUUAGAGUAUUGACAGCUGGCACAUUUCAUGAAAUUUAUUUUGAUGUUUAGUUUGAAUAUUAGUCACGUUAAUUUAUUUCAUUUCAUAGUACAUUUGUUUAUUUUUCUAAUUUUCUAUUCCUUUGUGAUAAAUCAAUAGUAAUUAUUUUUUGUGCUGAUCCAGGUUUGCACAGAAGGUGGGCACCUACCCUGCAAAAAGAGGACGGUCCCUGUAAAAUGCUUUCAUUUGGGAGCGAUUAUCUUUUUAAAUACUUUUUCAAACAUUUUUUGUUUGUAAAAUUUUUGUGCCAAUUUACACCCCGUUUUGUAAAUUCAAACUCUGGAUCCAUGCAUGUAUAGAUUGCAUUCUUAUAUAGUUAACCAAUGCCGUUUUGCUAUUGAUUCCUAUGUAAUUCUAAUCUCUUUAUUUUGUUUUGUAUAUUUGAAAUGUUUCUGAUGGUUUGUACAUGCAUGCCUAUUUGAAAAGGGGUUAUUCAAGUCUAGUGGGUGGGGGGUGUAACAUAAAAAGAUAUGAUUAAUGUUGCAAUUGACUGUAACUUUUCUUACAUGCAUUGCCAUAGAAGUACCGAUACACUCAAUUGAUUGUAUGUCACAGGGAACUAUAUGACUUCAUAUUCAAGAUAAUUAACGUUUUGUAGAAAUGGAUAUUACAACAUGUGUUUGACAUUCAUUUUUUAAUUUUUGUCUCCAAAUGUUCAAUAAAUUAAGAAUAAAUAA